AUGAACAAGCCAGAAGAGCAGAUAUUGGACGGAUUUCAGACACUGAUUGGUACGUCAAACCUGGGAUCUCUUGACACAAGGAGUCAGCAGUGCCAAGAUAGGAGAGUGAACCGCUUCAGCGGGAGGGGAAAAUGGUACCAGCCCGGAGUCGAGUCCCAGGCCAGAAUCCGAAUCUCGGGACGGAGGCUGGAGCUUUUCGUCCGAAGUUUCCUCGCCCAUUUUGUCAUGGAUCAACCAGUGCGGGGGCACGAAAGGGGACUCUCUCCAAAUACCUUAGGGGGAAGAACUCAUUCCGCCUCAGAUAAUCCAGAUAGUCAUCAAACGUCAAACGAUCUCGCCGGACAUGUAACCAUGCGGCAACCUGUCGGCGGGCCGCACCGCCUUGUGAACGGAACAAUUGGCAUGGGCUUGUUCGACAACAGUGGCGAAAUCCUCAACAUCGCCGGGCCUGUCGGCGGCCUCAUCGCAUAUAUUAUAGUUGGUAUCGCAGUCAUUUGCAUCAUGGAAGGGGUUGCGGAGAUGAUUGGCCACUGGCCUAUCGCAAAUGCGAUGGUGGAGUUUGUAAAGGCGUUUGUGGACAAAGAUCUGGCAAUCGUUGUAGGACUUGCGUACUGGUAUCCAUCUCCACCUCCUACAUAUUUGCAGACGCUGACGAAACUAGCAAAUUUGGCUCGUUAUUGGGACUGGUCGGUGGUAUUGCAGGACCUCAUGUUUAUUCUUGGUGUGCCUAUACUUUUACUCGUGGUCAACUGCUUGGGAGUAUUUUGGUAUGGCAACGUUGAAGCUGUCAUGGGUCUCUUGAAAAUCACCCUCGUCAUCGGCUCAUUUCUGGCCAUCUGCUUUGAUUCUGCUAACAUUACAUUGAUGAUAGAUACACAUGCACCAACACCGAACGGGAAAAUUGGAGGAGCUUAUAUCAAUGAUGGGUUCAAGAACAAUCCUAUUGUAGCAUCCAAUCCAGCAAUUGCCGUAUUAGUGUCAAUUCCAAUCGUCGCCUACGGAUACAUUGGGGUCGAGAUCGUGGCCGUCACCGCUCUGGAGGCGAAGAACCCCCAACAAUCCCUUAAAUACCCCGCAAAGCUCAUUGCAUGGCUUACAGCAACCAUGUACUUCUUUUGCGCUCUGGGCUUCUACCUGAACGUGCGCUGGACGGAUCCGCUUCUGCCCAGUGUGCCACACAGAAUUGCCCAUGGAAGUCUCACAAUUGCUCCUUCGACGAACACGACCCAGACAAACGCAAUUGUGGUGAUCGCUAUCCUCAACGCCAACAAACCGGAUCUGCCAGGAUUCCUCAACGGAUGUUUGAUAAUGGCGGUUCUGAGUGCCGCAAAUACAGCUCUCUACGUUGCAUCUCGCACCCUGUUUGGCCUGACUAGAGAGCUUGAUCCCCACAACAGGUAUUGGGGCUGGGUCUCGAAAUUGAGUACAACCACUCAUACCAGAAGGGUGCCUGCAGCAGCACUCUUCGCAUCGGCACUGGCUUUCUGCUGGGUUCCCCUCCUGCACUUGACAAAAAGCUACACUGAUCAAGAUUUACAAGAGAUUAUGAGCGGCAUUGCAACAGUUGCUGUCGUUAUUGUUUGGGGCUCUCUUUGCCUGGCGUUCAUCCGAUACCGUAGAUGGCUCAGAAGGUUUCGCGACUCUGAACAACUUGCCCACGAUUAUCGGGAAUACAACCACUGGGCCGUGAACAACGACCGCGUUCCUUUCAGUACAAUACUUGGCUGGAUGCAGCCCAUUCCCGCUUAUAUCGGUCUGAUAUUCUGCAUCUUGACGGUGUUCUUCUUUGCCACCACAGGAUGGUGGAACCGCGGCGAGAAACACAUUGAUAUAUGGUCUACUUUCGUAGGACCCGUAACUCUCGCGAUAUUCUGGCUCAUCCUGAAAGCCUUCCGAUACGGGAACAAUUUUGAGUGGUUUGUCACCCUUGGCAGCUGGGAGGAUUUGCAAGACCGCCUUGAUCGGCUGUCUUCAGCACUUGUGACCGACGCUCCAGUCGGAACAAAUUUUGUAGAAGCGGGAGGAACUGUCUUCGAGAUGAAUCACCAAUUCACACAAUCGCCUGCCCCGCAAAGUCAGAACGGGCUGUUGGCAGAGCCGGGUGAUUUUGGCUAUGUAACAACACGCGCCGACACUGGACUUGGUUUCGGUUUGGGGCCUGGGAAUCUUGCAUACCCAGAUCGGGUGAGGACCCCAAGCCCGAGGGCCAUACCGUCGAGAGAUCUGAUACAAACAAUGGAACAAAACAAUCGGGGAGAAACGCGGCGGAGGCCGGUUGCUGGCGCCAUACCACAAUCAUCGCACGACGAUAUUCAAGUCUUGGGGCAAGAUCGCAGACCUGGCGAUAGACCUGGGAGAUUCCAGUCAGGGUUCCAAAGCGGGUCCAGGCAGACAUAUGACCAUCAUCCUUUGAACCCGGGAGAUGGGAGUAAUGUAAUAUAGAGUCCGCAUAGCCUUGUAAUCGUAAUGUAAUACCCAUGUAUGAACAGAAUAAAAGUCGCC